CAACCACGUCUGACGGUGACAGGAUUUGUUCGCUUUAGAUUCCCACUUCCUGAAACCAAAGCUGCUUAGGAGAAACAGCAUUUUUCAAGAAGAUUUUAGCGGAAUCAACUGUUUUCAGAGUCAGAUUUGCUGGUCUGAAUACUUUCUUCUUCUUCAAGAUAAAAGUAGCUUGGCCUUCAAGGGGCUCCUUUAUUCAGGAUCGAUGUCUUCUCGUAGGUAAUUGAUCACUGCAGUCCCGGGGAUCCUCGAUUCAUCGUUGAGGGAGGGUAAUCAUCAUGAAUAAUCAAAAAGCUGUCACUGCGCUCCUGCAAGAGUGUGAGCAAGUGCUGGACCAGCUCUUGGUGGCGGCGCCAGAUGUGUCCGAGGAAGACAAGAGGGAGGACCAGCGGUGCCGAGCUUCCCUCUCCAGAGAGUUAAGGACCCUGAUCCAGGAGGCAAAGGAAAUGAAGUGGCCCUUCGUGCCUGAAAAGUGGCAGUACAAACAAGCCCUGAGCCCAGAGGACAAAACAAACCUGCAGGAUGUGAUUGGCGCUGCACUGCACCAGUUGUUGAUGGCCCUGCGCGCCUCCAUCCGGACGCGGGACUGCGCGGUUGCCGCAGCUGUCGUCUUCCUGCUGGACCGCGUGCUCUAUGGGCUCGACGGCGCGGGCAGCCUCCUGCGGGUGGCGCGCGGCCUGCACCGCCUGCAGCCCAGCACGCCCAUCGCGCCGCAGGUGGUGAUCCGCCAGGCGCGGGUCUCGGCCAACGCAGGGAAGCUCCUGAAAGCAGAGUACAUCCUGAGCAGCCUCAUCAGCAACAGUGGAGCAACAGGCACCUGGCUCUACAGAAAGGAAAGUGACAAGGUCCUGGUGCAGUCGGUCUGCAUCCAGAUCCGAGGGCAAAUUCUGCAAAAGCUCGGCAUGUGGUACGAAGCCGCAGAGUUAACAUGGGCCUCCAUCGUUGGAUAUUUGACGCUUCCUCAGCCAGAUAAAAAGGGCAUCUCCACAUCACUAGGGAUUCUGGCUGACAUCUUUGUUUCCAUGAGUGAGAACGAUUACGAAAAAUUUAAAAACAACCCACGGAUUAACUUGGUCUUGCUCAAGGAGUUCAACCACCGGCUGCUGUCGGCAGCAGAAGCCUGCAAGCUGGCAGCGGCCUUCAGUGCCUACACACCCCUGUUCGUGCUCACAGCCAUGAACAUCCGUGGCACGUGCUUGCUGGCCUAUAGCAGCUCCAGUGCCUGCCCACGAGGUCAGAAAGGCUCCUGUCUGUGUGCAGCCCAAGAGGCCUUCGAGAUCGGCCUCCUGACCAAGAAAGAGGACGAGCCGGUCUGUGGGAAGCAGGAACUCCACAGCCUGAUCAAAGCGGCCUUCGGCCUGGCCACCGUGCACCGGAGACUCCACGGGGACACAGACAUGGUGCGUGAGGCCAGACAGCUCUGUGUGCAAGCUAUGGGGACACUAUAUAUGUUCAGCUCUUCCUCCGAAAGCCAAGACAGAGAGGCUCUGUCCCGGGAAAUCCUGUCUGCAGUCAGCCAUGUGAAGCGUCGCCUACAGGUCCAGAGCUUUGCCAAUUCGGACAACAGGUCUUAUGUUCCAGAGAGUUUCGAGUGCGGCUUGGGUAAGCCUGUCUUGCAUGGACAAGCAGAUUUCCAACAGAUCCUCCAAGGCUACUCACAGCACCACGCCUCGGUGUGCGAGGUUUUUGAAAGCACAUGUGGACAGAGUAAGAAUAAAGAGAAAAAUGCCACCAAAGAACUCUGCAUCACUGCCUUAAAAACUGAAACCAAAUCCCUGGAUACGGUGAGCGCCAUGGAGGAUGAACCAGGCUCGCCCCAGCGCAGGACACCCUCCUCCGGGAUAGAGAAACUCGGAAGGGCGGAGAGGAGGAACUGGGCCCACUCGGAAGCAUUUCGAGUCUCCCUGGAUCAAGACGGGGAAACUGAGCCGGAGCCACCUGUGCAGGGCAGCGGACACGAGGUUUGGAACACGCCCGUGAACAGCAGCGGGAGCUCGGGUUCCUGGAGCCAGCUGUCGGGUCUGAGUUCUUCUGCCAGCUGGGAAGAAGUGGAAAACCCUGGGGAGCCAGUGGAGAACCUCGUAGACAGUCAGUGUCCCACAGCCUCACGUGAGGAGCCCGAGAGGGGUGGGGACAGCAGAGUCAUGCACUUGGUGUCUUCAGACUUCUGUGGUCUCUCUCUCCAGGCGCCCAGGGGGGAUGAUGAAGAGCCCUCCCCAAGUCGCCCACACAGACACCUGUCCUCCAGAGCCUGCACUCCCCACAGCACUUCCGACACCUGUGUGGGCCCCGUGGCCAGGCUGUCAGGGGCUCUGGGGGACACCCGCAAAGUCAGACAUGUGGGAACCCGAAAUACUCCUGCUCCCACCACACUCUCUCUCGUUUCUCAGGCUUGUGAUUCUGUUCUGCAUGGAGACACAGCUGCGUGGGAUUGCAUGAAAGAAGACAACGUCUUUGAAAGCCUAGAUUUUGCAGAAACCAGUUGUGAUGGCCCAGCCAGGCUUGGGACAGAGACAGAAAAAGAAGUCCGUACAUGUAAAGAUGUCUACACAUGGGUGGACCCCGAAGGAGAGACGGUGGAAAGCACCCAAGAAGGGCCCUUGGAUAGUCAUCCCAGGCGGGGUGGUGCACUGGGCAACAGUGCCAGGCUAGGGUGCGGCUCUUUCCCUCCUCUUUAUCCAGUUCAGCAGCCUGACUCCCCUGAGACCAGAGGCUCUUUGGAGGAGCUGGGCAUCGAUCCCGAUGCCCCCACAGAGGACGAAGGGGGCCAUCUGCUUGGCAGUGCCUGUGUCCCCUCCACAGCUGGGCCUGGCCCUGGCACACCAGGCACACUGAGGCAGCCCCCAGGGCAGAAGACAGGGACCCCUGGCAGCCCCGCAGGUGAUAGCAGCCCCUUCCCUGUCCUCAACGAAGACUGUGCCACCACGGAGGAAGGAGACCCACCAGGAUGCAUGCUCAGCUACAGCCAGAGCUCGGGCUCCUCCCCAAGGUGGUGGCUGAAGUCACCUGCCUUCUCCAGCGGCUCCUCUGAGGGCGAGAGCUCAUGGUCCUUCCUAAAUUCCAGCAGAAGCUCAGUGGCAACCUGGCCAGGGGUAGUGCAGCAGGAGGUCCUGGAGGCGCGCACACUGACACCUGCUGACCUGGAGAAGCUGCUCGCUGGCGUGGGCCACGGCUGGCUGCUGCAGAGGCUGGAGCACACAGGCGUGUUCAAGCCCAACCAGUUGCACAGAGCGUACAAUGCUCUUCUGUUAAAAUACUCCAAAAAGUCUGAACUGUGGACAGCCCAGGAAACAGCUGUGUAUUUGGGUGACUACCUGAAUGUGAAGAAGAAAGGCAAGCAGAGAAAUGCCUUCUGGGUUCACCAUCUGCACCAGGAAGAGACUCUGGGGAGGUAUGUUGGGAAAGAAUACAAAGAGCAGAAGGGGCUUUGGCAUCACUUCACUGAUGUGGAAAGACAGAUGACUGCCCAGCACUAUGUGACAGAGUUUAACAAGAGACUCUACGAGCAAAAUAUCCCAACACAGAUAUUCUACAUCCCGUCCACAAUAUUACUGAUUUUAGAAGGCAACAUAAUAAAGGGAUGUAUCAGUGUGGAACCUUACAUACUGGGAGAAUUUGUAAAAUUGUCAAAUAACACAAAAGUGGUGAAAACAGAGUACCAAGCUACAGAAUAUGGUUUGGCUUAUGGUCAUUUUUCUUACGAAUUUUCCAAUCAUAAAGAUGUUGUGGUUGAUUUACAAGGUUGGGUAACUGGUAAUGGAAAAGGCCUCAUCUACCUCACAGACCCUCAAAUUCACUCUGUUGAUCAGAAAAAUGUCACUACCAAUUUUGGAAAGAGAGGAAUUUUCUACUUCUUUAAUAACCAGCACGUGAAAUGUAAUGAAAUCUGCCAUCGUCUUUCCCUGACAAGACCGUAAGUAGGGAAACCAAAGCAGCCGUAGGCCACGGGCUGACAACAUGCCUCCUCGCUGUUCACCAGAGGCAGAGCUCCCUUCCGGGCACCUAGACCUUGGUGUGGCCUGGGCCUGCACAGCUUGGACAGGCCACAGGGCCGGGCUGGCCAAGGACAGGAACCUAGAGGACCCCUCUCAGGACUGUAUCUAUUUGCCUAUACAAGAUCCCAUGGUUUCUCCUGCCCUGUGACGCAGGGACCAAGAAUGAUUCUGGAAGUAGCUGCUAAUGAGCAUUAGUCCUGCAGUGAAGACAAGAUAGAAAACAGCCCAAGUGACCCACUAUGGAUCCAAAGCACCACUGAAAAAUAAACUUCUUUUUAAGCCAUAAAGAUAUUGGAGCUUUCAGUUAUCAUCUGUCACGACUGAUACUACUGCUGAUUUUCCUUACUGAUUUAAGAGUUCUUCACAUAGUAAGGAAUCAGGGGGUUGUGGUAUGAAUUCCAAUUUUUUGUUUGUUUUUUGACAUUUAGCUUUGCAUAAAGAUUAUGUCAGUGCAGAAUGUUUUAUGCAGUUGAAUUCAUCAAUCUUAUAUGGCUUCUUGGCCAUGUAUAGUACUUAGAUCUUUCCUAUACUCUGGGUUUCUUUUUAAUUUUCCUGUGUUUUCUUGCAGUGAAUUCAUACCUGUGAAUAGUGUAAGAAAAGAUUACAUUUUCUUGGCCACCACCGUCCACUCUUUUGUACCACACAGAUUACUUCUUCACACAGCUCUGGGCAGCAGUUCAUCUGAGGUCUUGAAGAAAUAAAUGUACAAAAGGAACAUGGGUGGGAUCAGGUGAUUCUGUCUCUGCAGUUACCCUAUGGGGCCCGAGUUGGUGCUCAUUAAAUUUAUUCUAAAUGGCCUACAGACUUGACUAUGACCUCAGAAGUUCAGGGUGGCUUCACAGGUGGUGGAACUCAAGUAUAUAGGACAAGGAUCUGAGUCUUUAUUCACUCCCUUCUCUGUCUCCUCACAGUCAUAGCUGGGGCAAGGAGACCCAUGUGGAGGUCCUGCUGCAAGGAGUCCAGAGUGACUGCCACUGCCAGCCCAGGGCAAAGUCAUGGCUCCCACGUGUUCUCAGCCUAUGAUUCCACAUGGGAAGGAGCUGGUCCCAGAAUACUCAGAUAGGUGACUAGCACAAAACCUUCCCAGUGGGCAGAUCAGAAUAUUCCUGCGCUGCAUGCGCUGGAGUCUGGGAGUCGCUCCUCACUGCUCUGUCUUCUGUAGAUCUCUCAGCUGUGUGAAGUCUCCUGCCCCCCCUUACUCUCCUCUAUGGAUGCUUUAGCCAAUUCCCCCAACAUAUCUUUCAUGUCAGAUCCUUUCCUGUUGUCCACUGCUUGAAGGACCCAAACUAAUAUGAGUUCAUUUUUUAAUGAAAAAAUGUGAUUUUUUAAAUAAGUUUUGAAUAGACCCAGA